AUGUUGUUCGACAUGAAGUCCAUCGUCCUCUACGGACUCAUGGCCCUCGCCCAUGCCUCUCCUCUCCCUGAGCUCAGCAAGCGCGCCAAACUCGGCGACUUCCAAUGUCCCGACGGCACACUAUCUGAACAUGACAUCCGCGAGGCCCUGCACGAGUGCCGCAGACUCAACGACGGCUCCAUUGGCAAAUACCCGGCCUACUUUGGCAACAAGAGCAACAACCAAAAGGUGUUCGGCAAUAUUCCCGAUGGCACCGAUCUGCGGGAAUUCCCCAUCAUCGUGGGCGGAGUGUACAGUGGCGGCGAACCUGGCCCGUACCGCGUGGUCACAGACUACAAGGACAACCGUGGCGAUUUCCGCGGUGUGAUGCAGCAUACCGGCGCAACUGUUGGGGGCGCCUAUACGGCCUGCACACGCGUCACAAACACCAAGCGCGAGCCUGGCAAAGACAAGGAUGACAAGAACAAGCACGACAAGGACAAGGGCGACAAGAAGGGUGGCGAUGAAAAGCGCAGUGCCCAAACGACGGGACUCGAGCGCACCGUUCAGGAGACGGAGAACGACCUUAACGACCUGACCAAGCGCGAGCCUAAAAAAGACAAAGAUGACAAGAACAAGCAUGACAAGGGCAAGGACGACAAGAAGGGUGGUAAUGAGGAGCGCAGCGUCCAGGAGACUGAGACUGAGGUCGAGGAAUCCACCGGCCACAUUAUCAGCGACCUGACCACCCGCGGCAAAAAGAAGAAGAUCGGUAGCGCUACCUGUACCGACGGCGUUACACUUUCCCAGGACGAUGUCGCCAAUGCGUUCAAAGAGUGCAAGAAGUGGGAUGACUAUGGCAGGGGCGGUUACCCCCACAAAUUUGGCAACAAGAGCGGUAACAGUCAGAUCUUUGAGGGCGUCACCAAGGACCUGCGCGAGUAUCCUAUUAUCCAAGGUGGAACUUGGACUGGCGGCGAACCUGGCAAGUACCGUGUUGUCACCGACUACAGCGACAACUUUGUUGGAGUGAUGAUUGAGAAUGCUGGUGCUUCUUUCUCCCGCUGCACUGUCAACAGUGAUUAG